CAUUUUUUAAGUUAAUAUUUCACAUACAACAAGCUAAAAUAAAUAAAUAAAUAAAUGUUUCUUCAGAGUAUUAAAUUAUUAAAAACAUAUUUAAAUUGGAAACCAUCUUAUAUUACUUAUAAUGGUGAAUCAAAUUAUAUUAUCUAUAUUAAAGUGAAUUAUAAAUAUAAACAAAUAUAAAAAUAUAACAAAAUCAUAAAUAUCAUUUAAAAAAAGAAACAAUUAAAUAAAUUUUUCUAUAUUUUUAAACCAAGACUUCUUAUAAUUAUAGUUUCAUUGCAACGUAUGAUGUGUAAUAACAGUAAAGAUAAUCAAAUAGUUUGGAUAGAUAUGGAGAUGACAGGAUUAGACAUAGAAAUAUGUCACAUCUUAGAAAUCAGUUGUGUAAUUACUGAUAGUGAUUUAAAAAUCAUAAAUGAGCCUUUGAAUAUUGUAAUAAAUCAAUCAGAUUCUAUUUUAGAUAAUAUGAAUGAUUGGUGUAAAGAACAUCAUAAAAAAACAAAAUUAAUUGAAGAUGUUCGUAAUAGUAAAAUUUCUUUAAAAGAUGCUGAACAAACUUUAUUAACAUUUUUAAAGAAAUAUAUUCCAAGAGGUAAAUGCCCUUUAGCUGGUAACUCUGUUUACAUGGAUCGCUUGUUUUUAAACAAAUACAUGCCAUUAGUUAAUGAUUAUUUACAUUAUAGAAUUAUAGAUGUUAGUACCAUUAAAGAACUAGCAAGAAGAUGGAAUCCACAAAUUUAUAAUUCUAUUCCUCCAAAAACAUCUAAGCAUCGAGCUACUUCUGAUAUUAUAGAGAGCAUACAAGAAUUGAUUUAUUAUAAAAAUCAUAUAUUUGUAUCAGAAAAUACUGAGAAGAAUUUAUUCUAAAAAAAAAACGAAUACAUAUAGAUUUUUUUUUAAAUUAAUAUUUCACAAUAUUUCCUUUAAAAGUUUGAAUUUUUAUUUACAUCCCUACACCGGGCAGAUUGAAUAAACUACUCUAUUGAAUAUGUUCUUUCAAAAA